CGCGCGGGCGGCGGCGGAGCGGAGCCUCGCAGUGCUGGGCUGUGCUCCGAGGUCGGCGGCUGCGGUGGUGGUGACGGCGACGCGCAUAAAAACGGAUUGUGGCUUCACUGGUGCUCGCGGCGGGCGGCGGCGGGGCGCGGGCGGCGGGGCGUGCCAGGGGCCCCCGCGGGCGCGGCGCGGGCGAUGAGCCGGGGCCCGGCAUGGCCUCCGCGCGGCCGCCGGGCCGGGCCUGUGCCUCGGCGUCCGCGCCCGCGGGGCUCCGGGCUGGGCCGGCCGCCUCCCGGGAGCCCGCGGACGGCGCCGAAGCGGAGGAGCGCUCGUUGCAGCACAUGCUGCGCGCCAUAGCGGAGGAGCGCGGUCGCCUCAACCUGCGCCGCGAGGUCUGCGGCCUGGGGUGCUUCAAGGAUGACCGGAUCGUCUUCUGGACCUGGAUGUUUUCUACCUACUUCAUGGAGAAACUGGCCCCCAGGCAGGACGACAUGCUUUUCUACGUGCGCAGGAAGCGAGCCUACCCAAGCAGUGAGAGCAGCAUCGACGGGAGGAAGGCCGAGGCCGAGCCUGAGGUGGAGGUGGAAGUAUACCGGAGGGACUCCAAGAAGCUUCCAGGCCUGGGAGACCCUGACAUCGACUGGGAAGAGAGUGUCUGCCUGAACCUCAUCCUGCAGAAGCUGGACUAUAUGGUGACCUGUGCUGUGUGCACACGUGCUGAUGGAGGUGACAUCCACAUUCACAGGAAGAAAUCCCAGCAAGUGUUUGCAUCCCCCAGCAAACACCCCAUGGACAGCAAAGGAGAAGAGUCCAAGAUGAGCUACCCCAACAUCUUCUUCAUGAUUGACAGCUUCGAGGAGGUGUUCAGCGACAUGACCGUGGGGGAAGGAGAGAUGGUCUGUGUUGAGCUGGUGGCUAGCGACAAGACUAACACGUUCCAGGGUGUCAUCUUUCAGGGGUCCAUCCGCUACGAGGCGCUCAAGAAGGUGUACGACAACCGCGUGAGUGUGGCGGCCCGCAUGGCCCAGAAGAUGUCAUUUGGCUUCUACAAGUACAACAACAUGGAGUUUGUGCGCAUGAAGGGGCCUCAGGGCAAGGGCCAUGCUGAGAUGGCAGUCAGUCGCGUGUCUACAGGCGACACAUCCCCCUGUGGGACCGAAGAAGACUCAAGCCCAGCUUCGCCCAUGCAUGAGCGGGUGACCUCCUUUAGCACGCCGCCCACCCCGGAGCGAAACAACCGGCCCACCUUCUUCUCUCCGUCCCUCAAGAGGAAGGUGCCCCGGAACCGCAUCGCGGAGAUGAAGAAGUCACACUCGGCCAACGACAGUGAGGAGUUCUUCAGAGAGGACGACAGUGGAGCUGACCUGCACAAUGCCACCAACCUGCGGUCUCGAUCCCUGUCGGGCACAGGACGGUCCCUGGUUGGGUCCUGGCUGAAGCUGAACAGAGCUGAUGGAAACUUCCUUCUCUAUGCACACUUGACCUACGUCACCUUGCCACUACAUCGGAUCUUAACAGACAUCCUGGAAGUACGACAGAAACCCAUCUUGAUGACCUAGUGUGUGUGGAGCCUGCACGGAGCCCCGGCCCCGCCUGGCCCUGGGAAUGCUGCCAAGUGCCUACCUGUCACCACCACGGGGGUCUUCUGUGACAAGCCAGCGCUGGAGCUACAGCCAGGCAGGGCCACUCGACUCCUGGGGCCAGGGCCGACUCCAUGAACACCAGCCCAAACUGAAGUGCCUCGCCCUCCUCCUCUGCUGGCUCUGCUCUCACCCUGUCCUACACUCGGCCCCCUCAGCCCAUCUCUGGAGAGUCUUCUGCUCCCAGAGGGCCAGAGACACCAAGAGGUCAUAGAGAGCAUGAGGGGCUGCCAGUUUCCAGAAUGUUCUUAGACCUCCCGACCUCACCUCCCGUCCCCCUGCUGGGGCUCUGUGCCAGGCCACUGUCCACGCAUCCUACACAAAGCCAGUUGAAGAUUUUGUAAAGCAGUACUGACAAACUUCAGCUCGCGAGUCAGCCCCAACUUGCUCCCCCACAGUUACUUGCUGCAGUGGGUUCCAGCUGGGAGUCAGGGGACAUGAGCUGUUUGUCGGCUGGGAAUACCUCGCCCCAUGCCCAGCUCAGAAUGGGUCUCAAGCUCCAGCUGGGCAGACAGGCCCGAUCCCCCAGAACGGCCUUCGCUUCCAUCCAAAGAACACCGCCAACACACACACCUCUGACCCCGGGACGCAGAUUUUGGUUCUGAAGCAAUGUGGGAGGGAACUUGCGCUGAGGAUGUCUGAUGGGGACAGGGAUUGGAAUCCUCACAGGAAGGUGUCAGGUAGAACCACCCUGGGGCCAGAGCUCAGAGCGAGGCUGGUGCUGUCCUUUCUGCCCCGUGCUUGGUCAGCAUGCUGGUCUUGUCCUCAGCCUGGCUUCCUAAGCAGAGGAGCAGACAUUGUCCUCAGUGAGUGCAAAUGGCCACAGGCCAGCCGCCCAGGGCUCCCCUGGCAGUGUGCUCUAGCUCAGGCCUCCACUACCCAACUGGAAUGAACUGGAAGCUGGGCCCUGUAGUCGUUGGGUUUAGUGUCCCAGGUUCCGGAGAACUCAGCUGUGUAUGUAGAGCUUGGCUCCUCUGGGCUGUAAAGCAGGCACAGGAGCACGGCUCCAUUCCUUGGUCUCUGGGAGUGGGGACUACUUUGGGGCUUUCCCUAGAUUUUGUAUGUUGUUAUUAAAAGCGAGCUAUUGCAUUUCAUUCUGCCUCAGUUUGCCCACCUGUAAAAUGGGGCUGAUACCACCUACCUCACUGAAGUCUCCAGGGUUCAAGUGCAUGGCUGAGUCUGGGCUAGACCACAUGUCAUUCUGCACAGCUCAGGCUGGGUCUUAGGAGUGGGUGUUAGGCGGCCUGCUCUGAAAUAACUCCUUCCAAAGGGAUGAGUAGUGGGUGAGUUUACACACUGAUCUGCUGGAGCCUGGGGUCACGUUCUAAUCUAACCAUUGAAGCAGACUCCCAGCCUGCCCUAGAAUGCAGAGUACCUCAGGUCUAUGAGUGUGGUCCUGCAGUCUAGCAUAACCAUUUCUUCUGCAGAUCCCAUGAAUGCCGAUCCCAUGUUUGUUUCUAGGGAGGUCAUAGCAUCCUGCCACUUCAGGACCCAGCCAUUCUGGUGGUCUGUACACUCUGAACUUGCUAUCUUGGGGGAAACAGAGCCAGGUGUGUCUUCUGUGGAAGACUGGGAGAGUCCUAGACCCACGGCAAUCCCAUGGCUUCUCUUUUCUGGCCUCACUCCCCCAGAGCUCAGCCGUGCUCUCUUGGCUGGGCUUGGGCAAGGCUGGCUUCUCAAAGCUGGGGUAACUGUGACAAGUGCUUCCCAGGCCAUAGGAAAGUACAGAGUCUGUGUCAUGCAACUUGGCUCUGUGCGGCACACAGAAAUAACUGAUAUCCGCAGGCCCAUUUCUAAUGCUUCGGCACCACCAUCCCUUUGUAGGAGGAAAGCACCCCAGAGAGUCUGAGCGAAUUCAAAACUGAACCAUGAGGAACAGUGGAAGGAGGCAAGCUUGUUCUGAGCCCCAGUCGCUGGGUACACAGCCAGACAUUUGGUCAACCUUCAGCUUUCUCCAAAGGGCACUUUUGAGUUGCAAGCAUGUUCAGAAGCUCUUGAAAACUGGGAUAGAAGUCUGAUGUUUACUUUUUCAAAUAGCUGACAUUGGUGGGCCAGACAUGGUGGCACGUGUCUACAAAUCACAAUCCUGAGGCUGAGGGAGGACAGAGUUCUCAGCCAGCCUAGGCUACGUAGCAAGACCCCGUCUCAAAGUUUGAGAGUGACAAAUGGCAGACGCACCCCCCAGAAUCCUGGAGUUGAUAGUUUGGCUUCUGAGGCCAUCUUUAAUUUUUUCCUGGGAACAUGCCUGUCCUCAUUCAACGUAUUAGGACAAUAAGGAGAAAGCGCUGUUCACUUUGCGUCCCUGUUUCUUCAGGCAAUGUCCACCUUACCUCCUGAGAUCUUGCUGGAAUCCCAGCUGCCUCCACAAAGGCAGCCCAGGCUCAUUUCCACUCCAAAAGCUUAUUAUUUAAAACAUAAGCGAAAAAUAAAAUAAGCCAGGUGUGGUGGCACAUGCCUUUAAUCCCAGCACUUUGAAGGCAGAAGUAGGUGGAUUUCUAUGACUUCAAGGACAGCCUGGUCUAUGUAGUGAGUUCAGGACAGCUAGGGCUACAUAGUGAGACCCGGUCUCAAACAAAAUAUUUUCAUUAAAAGGCACUCCAGCCCCUGUGUAGUGGGCCUAUUUUACUAACUAUAUCUUUUUUUUUCUGGCAGUGUCAUAAGUUUUAAGUUUUGCCCAAAACUCUGGAUAUAAUGAGUUUUGAUGAUUUAGUCCAGUCCAGCUUCAAGAUCCAAGUAUCUUGGUAGCACAUGGUUUCUCUGUUCAGGCUCACUCUCACCUCUGGAUGGAGCUACCCUGAAAAGUAAAUAUAGGACCCAAAAGGACUAAGGGCUCUAAGGACACGAGCACGCAAGUGCCAUGGGAUGCGUCCCAGAAGUCACUAGCCCUGGCAUCACCUGGAUGGGCCUCAAGACCAAGUGUACAGAUCUUAAGCUUGAACAGAAGUAGCCUUUUGGGGCAUCUGUAAUGGCCCUCCUGGGAAGUAGCCAAAAUGCCUGUCCCUCUAGGUGAGGAGUGGCAGUACCUGAAAGGCCUUCACCGAUGGGAUUGUUGACAUGGGCCUCCAGGCCUCUGCUUGCAACACCACACCAAGCUAAGUGACCUGACAAACCCGUAGCUGGGGUAGGGAUCUGAGAUCUGCGGCAGAUAUAUUCCCGGAAGUGGAGGAAGCCAUGGCCUGCUGACAGUUUGUGUUUACGGGUUUCUGUUUCCAAGGCUGUAUGAUUUCAUGGUUCUUUGAGACACUGCCUUGCAUUUCAGAGACAUUUAAACUGUGUUUUCUUAGAAGUGCCCCCGACCUGUACCUGAUUCUUUUAAUAAUACAUGUUUCAGGUUAAGACAGACCAUUAGCUACCAAUAGGGUUUGUUUUGGUUUUGAGACAGUGUCUACAUAGCCCAGGCUGGUUUCAAACUUCCUGUAUUAGCAAAGGAUGACCUCGAUCUAACAGCUUUCUGCCUCCACCUCCACGUGCUGGGAUUCCAGGCUUGCACCACUGUGCCUGGUGUUAUGCAGUGUUGGUGGAACCUAGGGCUUUGUGCCCCUGGGCAGGCUCUCUUAUCUGCUGGACUGCACCCCUCGGCCCUUUCUUAGCUUCUUUUGACUUCAGCCCCUUACUUUGUGUAGGUCAGGACACUUAGAUGCAAAUAGUAAAUUUCCCUCUUCCAAAAUUAUCAUAGGAGUAAUUAAAUGAAUUCAGCAAAGCCAUGAGUAUAUGAGCGUGUUAGUGUGGGGACUAACCCAACAGAAUGCCUCUCAAGGGCUCUCAGGAGGCUUUGUGGCGGCUGUUGAUUUUGCUUUAUGACUUCCUGGUUCUUUGAGACACUGCUUUGCAUUUAGAGACAUUUAAAAUGUUUUCUUACAAGUGCCCCCGACCUGUACCUGUUUCUUUUAAUAAUAUCCAUUUCAGGUUAAGACAAGACACUAUAGCAAGUCAAGGGAAUGGCCUUGAUUUGCUGCAAGCAUUGCCACAAGAUACUGUUCUGAAAUGGUUCCAGCUGGGGUUGACAGGCCACUCCAUGCACUGGCUGUCCUGCUGGCUGCUGGUCUGUGAAGACCCUGUGAGGGGGGACAGUGACCAUCCUGGCCAGAGGUGUAGGCAUUUCCAAAGCUGAUCACAUUUGCCUUUUGGGCUCAAUUCUGUGCUCCUAUGAAAUAUACCCUGGCAGUGUUUGGACAGAAACCUCCCAAGCUUUUCUAAGAAAAUCCCAUAAAAACCCUUAUAUUAGUGGGAAGACAACUGGAAUAGAAGCUGGGAACCUAGGGAGUUUAGGAAAGAUCCCGGCAGGGACCAUACUGUUCCUGUGGCCCAGCACCUCUGUGUCGGAGGGCUGCUGAGCAGGCACCUGCAGUCAUCACAGGUUGAAAAUAUCACAGCUACAUUUCAUGCAUAGGAAACAUGCCAAAUGGCUUCCUUAUGUCACAAGGAAUUGGGCCUAAUAUACUAUAUACAUUGGAGAUGGGAACUGCAGUGGAGGACGGGGUUCUGACAGGACAUAGUAAGGAAUCAGCUGCUACCCUAGAAACACAGGACCAGAAUUUUCUUUUUUUUUUUUUUUUUUUGGUUUUUUCGAGACAGGGUUUCUCUGUGGCUUUGGAGCCUGUCCUGGAACUAGCUCUGUAGACCAGGCUGGCCUCGAACUCACAGAGAUCCGCCUGCCUCUGCCUCCCGAGUGCUGGGAUUAAAGGCGUGCGCCACCACUGCCCGGCAGGACCAGAAUUUUCUGAAUUGGUAUCUCCAACUUGAAGGUGGUGGGAAGGAGGCGUCGGCUUAGCAGGUUGCUAUCCACAUCAACCCCUGGGUAGCCUCCCUCAGGAGAUGCUUGGGAAGGCAGUUCUGCAAAUCCAUACCUUUUAGGAGCACCUGUCAGCCCUAGGUUGGAAGAAAAUUCUCCCUGAAAAGGACAACCUUGCAGAACAUAUGGAAAAAAGAGCAAUGUAAAAUAAUGCACUCCUUGUAGCUCAUUGUAUAUACCAUGUCACCUGGAAACAUCGGACUUUGUGCUUGUUAAAGGUGACAGAAAGCUGGGAGAGGAAGGGGAAGCGUGCUUGGGGGGUGGGCGAUGAAGGAAAGGGCCCUGAUCUUACACUGUCACUCACUUGCCUCCUACAGCCUCAUGUAAGCCAGCGGGCUAUCAAGACUCUUCUUUAUGUGGAUGGCUCUUUCAUUUUGGAAUUUGACUUUAAUAAAGCAAUUAGGUUGCUCAGUUUGAAAUAA